AUGCAGUCCCCCUCUAUUAGCGAUCUAAACCGUCCAGGAGUAGAUUAACGGUUUACUGCAAUGCUUUCCAUCUCUCUUGUCACUUGUUUGUUGUCGCUUUGUUGGCAACUCCAAGAGAAUUCAGCUCAAGUCAACGUUGCUCUACACAAAACAGCAUCACAAUCGUCGAUAGGCAAUUUUAUUGGGGUUGGACAGACGCCCGCUUCCAACGCAGUGGAUGGAAAUACAAACAACAAAUUUUCAGGUGGCAGUGUCGCUAGCACGUACAGUGAGCAAAAUCCCUGGUGGCAAGUUGACUUGGGCGACACCUACAGCAUUUCUAGAGUCGUCGUCUUUCCUUUCUACAGAGACGAUUACCUUAAAGAUUACACCGUAACUCUACUACUAAAACAAGGCAAUCAAUUUGUAACUCAGACCACCACGGACGUUUUUCCUUACUAUGAUGGAGAAACGGCACGAGCAUACGACUGGUGGCCUCCUCAGGAUCUUGUAAGAAUUGUUAGGAUUGACACGAAAGCAUCAACGGAGUUCACCUUACGCGUAGCAGAAGUGCAAGUUUAUUCAAGCAGACUUAGAACUGUAUCUCUAGGUAAACCUGCUCAACAGUCUUCACGUGGAUCAGUGGAUGGUGACCCAUCACGAGCAGUUGAUGGAAAUGUGAGUACAGCAGCUGUAACGAGUGAUGUCGAAAUGAACUCUUAUUGGAAGGUUGAUCUACAAGCACAAUACUGGAUUGGUCACAUUACCGUCAUACCAACAUGUUGUGACAAUAUCGACCAACAUGUAUCGAUAGAGAUCAGAAAUGCUGCGUCACAUGUCGUCUGUUCGUUUAAUGUACAAGUAGCUCUCGCAAAUUCUAGUGGGUUCGACUGCCUGUGA